UAUUUUGAGAAGUUGGCAACAUUGUUUUGAAAGCUGUAAGAUUCGCGCAGCCCGCACAGUGCACACAAACAUAUUCACCAUAUUCACUCUCCACAGCUACACUCACGGAACAGCUUACACACACAAACACAUAUUGGAACCUUAGUAAUGAAGUGAUAACCAUGGAGCGAACUGACAACUGACACUUCGAAUGUUGACAUUCGCUGUUGUGGCUGCUGUCCCUUGCCCUAUCCCUGUAAUUGUGUUUCACUUGGAACAUCUCAUCGCUGAUGUACCCUCUACAGCUCUGGAAUAAUUGCCUGCAUAAUUUGCAUGGCAAAGAUCCGGCCCAGAAUACUUUUUACAGCAUUAGAUUUGUUCCUCGCAAUGACAGCUUCUUUUAAUUCACUCCCUGUCGUCUAAAAGUAUUCGCAUCCCCAGUUCUUUUUCUAUGUUUACCUGUAAUUUGUUCGUCUAGUCAAUCAAGAAUGGAUAGUAAUACACCUGUCAUGUUCAUCACUGCGAACGUUGGUUCAAUAUUUGAAAAUCCAACUGUUAUGCUGAAAAUUUGGACUGAAGAGUUUCUCUCGACUGUUUCAAAGUUAAAUCCUAAGUUUAUUGCGCUUCACUGUCAGGAGGUUGGAGGGAAAAAUUAUGAACACUGCACGCAGCCGGUGGAAGAAUUUGUCAAGUUACUAAUAGAUAGUGAAGAGCUCAGAUUGUUUGACAAAGUUAGAGUUUUCUUAGAUGAAGAUUUCUCUAAAGCUGAAAAUUUCACGGCCCUGGGGAAUUUUUAUUUCAUUCAUGAAUCCAUAGAAGAUUUGCUCAUUUGGGACUUUAAAGAAAUGAACUUCUGUACUGUUUUUGGGAAAGAAGUUUACUCUGGCAGUAUAGAAGAUGUACCAAUUAAAGAAAAAUCGAAAUUUCCACAAGAUCUCUUUCCAGAGUGCAAAUGGUCUAGAAAAGGAUUUUUACGAACACGCUGGAACUUAAAUGGCUCAGUAUUCGAUUUAGUUAAUAUCCACCUCUUCCAUGAUGCAUCAAAUUUCAUUGCAAUGGAAACGUCACCCUCCAUAUAUUCUGUCACAAGACAAAGAGCUUUGGAAUACACUUUAGACAGGUUUCAAAGUGACAACCACGGAUCCGUUCCAUUUUUUCUCUUUGGUGAUUUCAAUUUUAGAACAAAUACUCAAGCUGUAAUUGAAAGGUUAGUUGAUGGUUUAAAUCCUGUACAAGUUCAAAGUCCUAAUAGUAAUAGCGUUCAAAAGUUGCUGUACAGAAAGGAUGGAGAAGAGGUUGUGCUAACUUUAGGCAAAAAAGAAUUUGUUCAUUCUAAUCAUCAGCAAAUAUUCAUUGAAAAUGCUGGUGAAUGGUUGAAAGAAUAUGAUGUCGAGAAAGAUUCUUUUGAUGGCAUUUUAUUCGAGUUUCCAAUUUCAUUUCCCCCUUCAUAUCCAUUCGAAGAGGAUGCAGAGAGCGGAAGCCACUACACUACCACACGCUGUCCAGCAUGGUGUGAUCGAGUAGUCCUCAGCUCUGCUGCAAAGAAUUUAAUUCAUGAGAUCUCUAAAGAUGGUAGUGUAGAAUAUGAACUCAUGGGAAAGCAAACAUGCAUGGGGGAUCACAAGCCGGUAUACUUACGAGCGAACCUAGUCAACCAAGCAGGUACCAUUGAGCAGACAUUGAACCAUGUAGUCAAUCCAUUCAUGUUAGUUUUGUGUGCUUGCAAGCUUAAAAAAAUCUUGAGUUGGCAACAUGAAAAACGCACGCCUUCAUCGCAUGUUAACAAGUCUACCCGCCUAGCUGUAGUUGAAGAGAAUGGUAGUCUUACUCUUUUUCCUGACACUGUAGAAACUGUAGCAAACAACAAAGACCAGUUUACCUUAAAAACAAUUUGUGACCAGAGCAAAUCUCUGAAUUCUUCAAAUAAAUUUCUUGUGGAAAAUAUAAAAGAGGAUUCAUGUAAAAAGAAAAUGAAGCUCGAGAAAAGUCAAGCUGAAGACUUGAAAUUCUCCAAAUGUGAUUGUAUUCAGACUGAUAGUAAUAAUGUGCACUCUAGUUCAUUAAACUCUAGGAUCCUCAAUGAGGUAACUAAAUCAAAAAGUGAGUCAAAUUUAAAGUCUGUUGAUUGGUUGAUUUCCCCUCAAGAUGUUUCCUCGCAUGUUGUCGGUGGCUCAUCUGAGAGUUCGAAGCUAAUGAGGAGCCUCAGUGACAGCUUGAAAGUGGUUCAGGCAAAAACUGAUGUGGCAAAACGAGAGGUUGAGACUGCUGAAAACAUGUCUGCUGAAACAACUUUCAAUGUAGAUAGCAUUGUUGAUAGUUUAGACUCAGAUGAGGCGUUGAUAGUUAAUUUCAAUCAUUGUACAGAAGAGAUAAACCAAGUUAAACCAGUUGAAAGUUGUGAGAACUCAUCGAAAUUGUUGAAAGCGAGCCAAAGAAUUAGUAUAAGCAAGCUUAAGUUGGACUCACCGGCAUCUGAAAGGUCUGCUCCUGCUCCUCCAAUUCAUCAUCACUAUAAAAGGUUGGUCAAAAGAGUACACUCUGCAUCCCUCAUAGAAAAUAAACGAACGAUCGUUUUGAAAAAGACUGGAACUUGCCAUUGUAUGACAAAUUCAAAUGAAGUUUAUAUAGAUAUUCUUGGUGACGAGUACCGCACAAGAUCUUCAUCCAUUUCAGUACCAAAUCACAAGCACAAUCACAAUCGACGCAUGAAAUUGAUAUCAGAUCCGGUUCUGAAAACAUCAUUGCCGCGGUUAAUAUCACACCAUAGCUCAUCGGAUGAAGAAUGGUACGAACAAGUUCUAGACCCUGAAAGCCCGACAAAACAACUCGUCUCGAAAAGCAUCUCAUCCAACGAAAAUGCCAAACUGCUCAGCAAAGCAGAGACAGAAAGGAAACUGUCUGUUGUUGAUGUGAUUUCAACUGUGAAUGUCAAAACAAAAUUGCCCUCAGCAAAAAAGUCUAGCUUUUCUGAUUGCAAACUUUUCCGAAGGUUAAAACAAAAAAAAGACAACAAAGAGGAGGAUUGCAAGUCUUGCAACUGCUGUGUGAUAUUAUGAUUGUAACCUCAGAGCCACGAAAACAACAAGCUUGAGGAAUCUUCUGAGGAAUCAAAAGUUCAUGAGAAUCAAAGCAUAGUGAAGCUAAGUCCCAAAUACUCAUAGCGAAAGUGCGAAACCACUUAUGUCCGAUUGCAAUGAUGCAGAUUCCCUAUUACACUUUAUUUUUUCUUUUAGAAACUAGUUAACGUAAUUUCUUGAAAACUUCCUCGAUUUUUCUUUUCUGUUACCAGAAUGUUUUGUGUAAAUUUCGAGCUACAAAUUCGGCUUGCUUUCUCGAAAAAAUCGAACAGGAGUAAAAAUUUUGCAACAUUGCAGUGGAGAUACGUGGUUUCGCCUUUUGGCCAUCAACAUGAUGUUAAAAGUGACUUUAAUGUUAGAGCCUCAUAAUACUGAAUAAAUGUAGCAAGUCAGAGAUUAAAAGAUUAUAAAAAAAAAAAAUAUGCUCUGAGCCUUUCUAGUGAACCCUUCGCUGUAAAUUUGAAUUUUAUUACAAAAGACGAUCCACUCGUUCAUUAGAAUCAAAAGAAAUAGUUCACAAAAAUUGUGUUUAAUGGUCUCUCGACUGUUUGUCAAUGUCAAAUUAAUUUUGGGUGGUGAAAAAAUAAGUACUUAAAGAGUAUCCAAUUUUCUGAAUUUGACCCAGAAAGCAUGUAAGAUGCUUGCAAACAACAGUCCAGUUCGUGGUAUGACAUGGGGUAUCUUAAAACAACUGUGACUAAAAUUCUCCUGAAAGAGCCAUCCCACCGAUUGAAAUGAGGUUAAACCUAUACUCGAAAUUUUGAAAAUUAAAAUUGUUGUAAUGAAACGCUAGGGGCUCAUUCAUUUGAAAACUCUUUAACAACAAUCCUUCAUUCUUAAUAUAAUCUCUGCUAAUUUUCAUCGCAAUAACUCUUCAAUGUUGUAUCUGAAAGCUAAUGGUUUGCUUUAAAACCACCUUCAAACCACAUUCGUAUCAGUGGAAAGGUUCUCUCAGAAGAAUUUUAGUCUCAGUUGUUUUUUGCAAUCCAACAUUUUUCGCUCUAAAUGAUUGCAUGAUCUUUCUAAAUGUUGAAUCUCUUUGCAAGCAUUAAGCAUCCAUGUUGGUAAACUACCUAGUAGAGUCACCGCCAAAUAAGUUUAUGCACUCACGGAGCACGAAAAACAGUGCAUUAGAAGAUCCCGUAAUCUUGAUUCUUGCAUUUACUUUCAAUACUUAACUGUAGACAGAUGAUCUUCUGUCUGUGUGUAGACUUAUUUUGUAUCGAUUCUAAGGACUUCCAAGAACUAAAUACUUUUUAAUACUAAUUCAAGUUUUUUAAAGGCCUAAAAGUCCUUACACAAAAAUUGUUAAUGAUCAAAAGAAAGUUCAGCCUUUACGCUUUUCUUUCAUAAGUUGAAUGAAAUCACUUUUGUUAAGUCCAAAAAAUUGCUACAACUACAAAGGUUGAUGCAUAAGCAGUGGGACCAUUGAUGAAAUUUUAAUUUGACUUAUUACUUCAUUUUAUGACAGUUAACUCCAAGUCAGAAUCAAUUUGUUAAAUCUUCAAUUUUAAAGUAUUGAUGAUUAAAAUGUAUACAAAGAUUGCUCAAAGUUUUCUCAAAAACUCUACCCUCAAUCAUGGCAGAAAAUAUUUAAAGAAACUCAUCUUGACAAGAAACAUUUUGCAUCACAAAAUACAGUUUAGAAACAUUGUAAUCUGAUGGGAGAUUUAACCACUAAAAUAUAGUAAGGUACAGGUACAGGUGACCCUUUUCACAGCUGAUCAGAAAAGCUUUGAUUGUACAAGUGUAUACACCUGAGUUUAUCCUGAUUACUUUAGUACAUGGAAAAUGGUUGGAAAGUAAUUAAUGACAGCAUGUAGUUAACAACACAUGUCUCGAUUGGUUUCUGAAGUAGGGAAGCACUUUGGGAUCAAUCAAAACAUGAGUUUUGUGGCUGAGCAGAAGAACGAGUUAGUUACAUCGAUUUUGAAUUAUUUGAGAUCGAAAUUUAUAGUUAAACAAAGAUUACCUAUAAAAUCUGUUUAAUUUCUAAGUUUUUAUCUCCAUGAUUAUAAGAGCUAUCCUUUUUUGGCAGACAUUAAUUAAAUUUAUCCGUGCCAAAAUCGUUCAGAUACAUCUUCUCUCAUUUUUAGGAAACUACAGACAAAACACUGUACACACCUUAUGGAUAAUGAGACUGAAUGAUGUCCAAAGGCAUUAUUAUAGCAGUCAAUUGAACUAGUUGAUUCCAAAUUCGCUUCUUGCUGAAAUGGAGUUUCUCCAAUUGUACAUCGGGCACUAAAUGUUUUUUCAUGAGUUUAAAUAGCUGCUCAUUCAUCCGUGUCAAAAAUUCUAACUCAAGAAAAAAUUUUUUGAAUGUAAUGAUGGACUUUAAACUUUAUCUCUGUUAAAUAUUGAGAUUUUUGGAGUUAAACUCCAAAACUCUUCCUCUCACUAGUUCGAUGUUGAUGUAACUCACAAGUUUUCAGUUCCUCUCUGUUAAAUUUGGUCUGGUUUUUCUCUGAUCUUUUACUUUAAACGUUGCUCUAGCAAUCAAUCAGCCCCAGUGUUUCUGUGUCAACCUUUUCUAAUUUUAGGGAGAUCUAUUUUUUGUACUUUAUAAUUGUUUAUAAUUAGAUUUCCAAGUUUUUACUGUAUGCUUUUUUUUAUUUGUGUUGUUACCAAACAUUUACCUAGAUGAAACCACCCUUUGAGGUGUGCGGAGUCAUGUAUGUCCUUUGUUACUCUAACAUCCUUGAUCUUUAUCUUUUGUUUUGAUAAAAAAAAGUCUAUUUGAUCCCAGCUUUGGUCAGCUUA